AUGAGUAUUAACAAUAAAAAUUAUCUCUUAGAAACAUUUCCUAACUAUCUUCAUACUCAACUAGAUUUAUUAGCAGAAAGAGCAAAUAACCUUGAUAAGCAAGAGAGAAUUAAAUCAAUUAUAGAGUAUUUUUGUGAACUAAAAAAUUUGGCUGUGGCUUUGGCAAUAAAAUUAAAAACUUAAGACGGAUUUAUGUUAUAUCCUAAAAUAAUUUCAGAUGACUACAUUAUAGAUUUUAAAGAAAUUCAAUCAUGUCAUUUGAGAAAAAAUGAAAUUAUCUAUUUUUAAGCAUGGGCAUUUUCUAACUUAAACUAAAUUGACUUGUAUUUAUUAUAAACACUUUUAAGAUUGUAAUGUAUUUUAGUCUAAUUUGAGUGCAAAAAAUAUUUCGAAAUCUAAAAUGUAGAUUACAAAUAGAAGUAUGGAGGUGAUCUCAUUAAGAUAUUCUUAUUACUUUAAACUUAAUCUUAAGUCUAUGAGAUGAAACCUGAUAGUUUCUUUUUAUGCAUAAUAUAAAAUUGUAAAAGUAAGAACAAUUAAUUCAUAACUUACCUAAAUAAAUUUUUUAAAGGCAAAAAUAUGUAAAAAUGUAUUGGAUAUCUUGAGGAAUAGAAACAAACUUAAAAAGUAUCUGCAGAAAAACGAAGAAAAUUUCAACAAUUUAAAGAUGAUGAAAUUUCGAAGAAAGAAUCUUUAAAAGAUUCUUAAUAUAUGUCUUAGCAAUUAUCCUAAUAAAUAUCAUAAUAAAUAUCUUAAGUAGUUCCUUAGACUUAGUAGACUUCAAAAACAAUAGUAAGAACCUAAUCAUUAAUGAUAAAUAAAUCAAAUGAAUAAUCCAAUCCAAUUAGCAAAUUCUAGCAAACUUCCAAAGAUAUAAUUACAAACAGCCUCAUGCGACGUCCAUCUUUGACAACAAGAACUAUAAAAGAAGGAUUAAAUCAUAAAUAUAAGCGAGAAAAUGAAUUUAGACAGUAGAGACAGUUGCAGUAAGAAGUUAGCAAACAAAACUUCUUUUAUGAAGAUGCGAGAAGUAAAAAGGUUGAAAAUGUUUCAAAACGAGUUAGUACAUGUUGGAAUUCUGAUUGUCUAGCACCAGAAACACCAGAAUUAUUUAGUGAUUGAUUUAUGAUAUUGAUAAUUAGGCAAAGUCGUUUUU